UUCCCAAGAAUCUUUGCGCGAAAUAUGUGCUGCUAUUGUCACGGCCAUCUUGAAAUCUGAACCGCUAUCAAAAAAGAUUUGGGGGUUGCUGCGUCUUUCCCAGUCUUGCGGUAGCCUGAGCAAAAGUGGGGAGGCUUAGUAGCUUCUUGGAAGGAGGUGAUACUGAAGUCAGCUGGUAGUGAAGUAAGUCAGCUAUCCGAUUCGGGCGGAGAGAAAUUGAACGGAGGCGAAUUUUUCAGCUACGCAGAUCUGUGGGGAAGGGUUGGGGUUUUUUUUGCUCCUCCCAUCUGAGUUAGUGAUAUUUCGGUCAGCUAAAACCAACCCUGCUGGGAAAUAGUAACCGAGAGAGACAGAAGAGAAGGGUGGCCCCUGAAGGAAGAAGCUGGCGAAAUGAGGGAAUCAUGUCGAAUUUGUGGUCGGGAACUUUGUGGCAAUCAGAGGCGCUGGAUCUUCCACACCGCAACUAAAUUGAAUUUCCAGGUUUUGCUCUCGCAUGUUCUAGGCAAGGAAAUCUCACGUGAUGGCAAAAACGAGUUUAUCUGUAGCAAGUGUGCCUUUAUGUUGGAGCGCAUAUAUCGCUUUGAUACUGUUAUUGCGCGCAUCGAGGCGCUGUCAAUUGAACGAUUGCAGAAGCUAAUGCUAGAAAAGGACCGCCUCAAGCUGUGUAUCGCCGAAACAUACAGGAAGAACAAUGACGAACCCACCGACGAGACGACGGAUGUAUCCAGCCUGCCGGAUCUGCGCUACUCGACUCUCCUCCAGGAAGACUUCGCUUAUUCGGGGUUUGAAUGCUGGACAGAGCCGGAUGAACGCGUUGGAGACCCACAAUCGUGCCACGGUGCAGAAAGCCGUCCUAGGCGGUGUCGGGGUUGCGCUGUGCUGCGCGUUACUGAUGCUGAUUAUGAGGCAAUUUGCAAAAUCCCACGAAAAGUGGCAAGAAAUCUCUCCUGUGUAUCAUCCAGGUGUUCUGCCAACGUUUGUAGUGAAGAGUUACUUAUAUGUGAGCCAGUAAUUACUGACUUGCUAAGCGUCAAGGCGCCUUUGGAUGAAGAAAGAGUGGAAGGAGAAACUUCCGAAUUGUCCCUUGAAUCGUUGGAUGCAACCGCGAUCGCUGAUGCAUUACAUCCAAAAGAGGAGGAAACGGGCACAGAGGCAAAGAGAAACGCGACGUGUAACUGUAUAAGUGAUUGUGGAGCACAAAGCUUGUCACUUCAGGGCAACAGGUUAGAGGUAGCCCUUAAUUUGGUGAAAGCUUUUGACUGCAAGCCAGUCCAGAGUCCCAGAGGGAGUAAGUUACCUAUUCCUGUAAAAUCAAGUUCUCAUUGCCAGAACUUCGAUAAAAACUCUUCUUCUGGCUUCCCAGAUGUGGUGCUGAAAUCUCAACCUGGCUUUGCCUUAGCUUUUGCCUUGGAGAUGUCCGAUCUGCAGGAAUUGUGGGAAGAUUUAUGUAUGGAUUAUGUUCCACUUCGAACUAAGAAUAUGUUUGAGGCUAAUCAGCAGCUAACUUACUGUGACAUGUCAUUCAGUGAAGAGGAAAUUGUAUGGAAUGAUACAGAACAUAUGGAAAAAACCAGCUCUUUAAAUGCUAUAAAUAAGCAGCUCCAAGACAAAAUGAAUGAAAUGGAUUUUGAACUGAAAUCUCUCCAGCAUGCAUCCAAGAAACAGGAUCACAUAAUCCAGAAAUUGAAAGAGAUGUUAAAGAGCAAGGAAAAUGAGUGUGAAGAACUAAAUCAUGUAAUUCAUAACCAGAAUGAGAAAAUAGUCAAACUGCAAGACAUGCUACAUAAGAACCAGCUUGGGCAAUUACAGAACUUAGAGGGCUGUUCUUCAUUACAACAGAAACAAAAGAUAGCAUUUCUUGAUGUACAGAAUGCUCUUUUCUUCACUCAGUUGGAAAUGCAGCAAUUGAAAUAUGCCACGCAGCAAAAGGAUCGGCAGUUGGCUGAAGCUAAAAGGACCAACCACUUUCUAGAGACAGCAUUGCAAGAAGAACAGCUACAAAAAGAAGCAGCUUGGAGACAUAAUAAGGAAUUCUUUGCUACUCUUCAGCACUACAGAACACUACAGAACAAGAGCAUGCAAUGUUGUACUUUAGAAAAAGGAACAUAUUUGAGGAUGCACAGACAAGACCAGAAAAUUAAGGAUUUGACAUACAGUUUAGCCUGCAAAGAAUGGCUUCUACAGGAAUCUAAGGAUCUUUUAGAGUAUCAUCAGAAUUUGGACAAAAAUUCUACAACUGCUGAUAAAAUAGUACAGAAAUUGCAACAACUAAUUAAAGACAAAGAUGCUGCCCUGGAGCAAGCCAUAGGGGAGAAGUUCUCUGCACUUGAAGACAGAGAACAGGAACUGAACCAGCUUUAUUUGUCCAUAAAAGAACAAGAUUGUGAUCUGAAAGGUCUACAUCAAGUUAUUUCUGGCAACAAAGCUACCAUCCAGUGUUUAGAGAGCUUGCUAAAAGCCAAGGACCUGGAACUGGAGAAGAUGUUAGCAGCCAACCAGAAUUUGCAAUGGCUGAUCAAGAAUAUAGAAGCAAAAUCUCAGAAAUGGCAAUCUGAACAAGAAAGGAUUAUCCAGAAGCUUCAUGACAGAAACAAAGAAGUAGAGACCCUUUCGGCAACACUGCUCUGCAAUCUGGAGCCUGGACAGAGGGACACCAUAGAAGCCCUCCACCUCCACCUUCAGCAAAAAGACCAGAUCAUAAAAGAAUUCCUAUGGGAGAAGAGCCAGCAAGUUGUAGACCCAGUAGCUGAGCUUGAGGAGUUACUUCAAGCAUGGAACACUAGAGAACAACAAAGUUAUAUAUAUUCCAAGAAGAUUGCACAGGUACUUACAGAGAAGAAUUCUGAGCUGCAAAUCCUGAAUCAGCAACUGAUUAGUCAAAUUCUUCAUCAGAAAAUGGAGUUGUCUAUUGUUCAGUUUGUACAACAAGAGGGCUCUAUUGAUGCACCAAGGCAAGAGGAUUCUACCAUGAAUAUCCCAGCCAUGAUUUCUAAUAGAGAUGAUAGUAAAUCCAGGAGGGAUAAAGAUGAUUUGCAAACAACUGCUAGACUUGAGAGGGAGCUUACUAAAGCAAAAGAGGAUCUUGAAUUGUUGACACAAAAAGAAAGAGAAAGCACGUUGAAACUCUCUACUCUUCAGUCUGUGGUGGUUUCCCAAGAGGAGGAGCUUCAAGUUCAAUCCUCUGAUAUUGAAUCUCUUACUAGAAGUAUCCAGAUCAAAGAAGAACUAAUUAAGGACUUGCAGAUGCAAUUGAUUGACCCUGAAGAAAUACCAGCAAUUGAACGACUUACUCAAGAAGUUUUGAUGCUUCAGGAAAAGGUAGCAAAAAUGGAAGCACAGGGACAGGAAGCUAUAAGAGACAAGAGGCAGCAGCUACUGGUGAUGUUGGAGGGCUUAGUAGCAGAGAAGAAGCAGCUGAAUGAAACUCUGAAAGUAGAAAAGCAACUCUAUUGCAAUUUGGUGAAGUUUCAUGCUCACCCUGACAGACAAGAACAGAUCCUUCAAGUAGAACUGGAGAAGAUCCAGGCACUUCAUGGACAACUAGAAAGGGUCCUUGGAAAAAGCCAGGAGCGCCUGAGCAGGCUGGAAUCAUUGGACAGCAUAGGAGAUCUAACUGCAACUGAUGAUACUAAAGAUAUCAGCGCUGAGUUUACAGAUAGCAUUGAAGAGGAAGUACAGAAUGGCUCUCACCUACAGAAUGUUAAGAAGGAUAUUGAUGACAAUCUGAUGAGUCAUUCCAGUUAUCCUGCUCUACUGACUUUGAAGAGUGAAGACAACCCGCAAGUGAUGCUUCAGUCUCCGAAAUCUAUGGUUCAGCAUGUUUUGGAACAGAAAAAGAAACUAGAAGAAGAGCUACAGGAGUUUAAAGAGCAGAUUGAGGAAGCUGGGUUCUCUUCCAUUUCUCAGCUAAAGAAGGCUCUGCUUAGUCUAUGUCUAGAGAAUGCAGAACUCAAGGAACAAAUUGGAGAAGCAAAGUUGUCAGAAGUUUGGGAGAAAGAGGAGGAAAAGAAACAUAAAGAGGACUUGAGGCGGUGUAUCAAGAAACUGCAAGAGAAACUGUACACUUCAGAUAUUGUGAUUGGCCUCCUUAAAGAACAAUUGACUCUAAAAAACCAAGGAUGCAAAGGUGCCAUCAUUCACCAAAUGACACCUAACACAGCUCUGAUAAAUGAGCAAGAGCAGUGCACUUGCCAUGCUGUCUGUGACCAUUCACCGUUGUUGCAUUGCUCACCCAAUCAAAUUAUGGGCAGUCCAGAAGAAACCCAGGCUGAAGGAAACAGAGGAUCAAGUAAUUUUGGUCAGAAGUCCGAACAUCCCCCGAGGAGGCAACAGUGUCACAAAUUACAAGACAAACUCUUGGUGUCAGAAGCCACCAUCCAGGCACAGAUAGCCCAGCUCAAAUUAUACAAAGCUCUACUCAGUGAACCUGUGGUACAGCAGGAUAACAAGCAGAUGCAGGUGGAUAUUCAAGACCUGGGCUACGAAACCUGUGGGAGAAGUGAAACUGAGGCUGAAAGGGAUGAGGCUACAAGCCCUGAAUGCAGAGAUCAUGAUGAGCAACUAAAGUUUUGGAAGAAAUCACUGGAGGGCCCUCUAAAAAGAGUGGUGAAACAGGAAACAUGGGUCAGCCAAAGUGAUGCUGCUGCAGUUCUCCGUCAGCAUAUUCAGGUCCUCCAGAUGCAAUUGCAAAGUUCCCACAAAAUUAUCCAGAACUUACAAAGUUGUGUGCACUCUAUAUCCACUACCAGUGACUAUGGUUCUAUGGGAGAUCAGUCAUUCAAACUGAAGCAAGGCAAUUCUCCUUCCCACAGUAUGACUGAUGAAGAUGAAGCCUGGCAAUCUGAUAGCUUUGGGACUUUCUGCCCACCAAGUCUCCAGCCCAACAAAGAUUUGUCCAGACUUAUACAGAGAAUAUCCUUGCUGGAAGCUUAUCUGAAUGAGACUAAGCCAAAGGAAUUUUUGCCACAGGAAUUGAAAUGUACAGCCUCCUUGGGGAAAUAUGACUCACUAGUCCAAGCUCAAGCUCGGGAGCUCUCCCAUCUGCGCCAGCUGAUGCGAGAGGAACAAAAGGUGUGUCAUAUGCUAAACAAAUACUUCAAGGACACCAUCAAAUCCUUUGAAGAGCUUCUACGAAGCACUGACAUUGACUACUACUUGGGGCAGAGCUUCCGUAAACAACUUGCAGAAGGGAACCAGUUGGCAGACCAGUUGGCCAGAAAACUGAAUCAAGGGAAUGAUCUAAACAUGGAGGACAAAACAAGUCCAGAAUUGCUUAUGAGGAUGAACAAGGAGCUGCAGAAGAAACAAUCGAUCAAGGCACUCCACGCAAAACUACAAGAGUGCUCAGUGACCUCUUCCAAUAGCCAUAUUAUAUCUGAGUCUCCCUACUCUCAUAGCAACAUCUCCUUCCUCUCUGAUGGUCCAGGGGUCUGCUCUGAUGUGGAUGACUUUAGUGAAAAUAAUAUAAGUGAAGGCCAAGUCUACAAUGUUCUAAACAAAGGCUUUUAUGAUGACUCCUUGUCCAAGCCAACAGGUUUGCUUUUGGCUUCAUUGGAUUCAGAACCAUCCUCCUGUGUGUCUUUAGUACCUCCAUCUUCAUGCUCAAUGCCCCUGCUUAGCUGCCACAUAACACCAGCCUUCUCCCUGACUGAGGCACAACAGGAGUUGAAGUUGCUGCAGAAGCAGCUUGUAGAAAGUGGCCCAAUUGUCUCCUCCAAAAACAGCUCUCAUGUUUGCCACCAUGUUCCUCACUUAUUUCAUGUGCAAAAUACUGCUGAUUGGAACACUAACUCUAAGGAACAAUUGGAGGAGAGCUGCAUUCCUCCAUGUACUCAUCCAUUUAGGCAGCUUCAGGAGGAGCUUGUCUCUGCAUCUUGUUGUCCACCAGCUCUUCCUACCCAGAAACCCUCAGGUGCUGAUUUUCUAGAGGAACACAUGUUUGAGAUCCAAACUCUCUGCCAGCGUCUAGAGAAGUCCAUCUAUACCAAUGACCUUUUGCGGGAACAAUUGGAAAUAUAUCUCACCUCAAUGGCAAAGAGCAAUGAGUUAGAGCACCUGCAGAAGGCUCAGCUUGAGUUACAUUCAAAACUCCAAGAUGGCAAGAUGAAGCUGGAAUGGCAGCAGAUUGAGCGGCAGCAACUACAGGAAGACAUUCAGAGCAAGCAACAAGAUCUUGUACAGCUUCAAAAGGAGGUCAUGGCUUUACAAAUGAACAAUUCUAGGCUUCAACACAGAAUGAUAAUGCUUCAGCAGCAGUGUAAAGAAAACAGAACACUCUUCCAGACCCAGCAAGCUGAAUUAUGUGUCUAUGAAGCACAGCAUGGACCACUGCAAAAGGCAGUCUCUGGGACGCAUAAGCUGCUGCUGACAGAAGAUGUGAAGAACCAAGGAAUUCAUGUCAUAGGAUACCUUCAGGACUAUAAUACUCUUAAGAAACAGAUUUUGGAUGCUAGGACUUGGAUCCACCAAAUGGCAUCACUUCUGCAGUCUGACCUGAAACCACAGGACAACAUGGUAACUGGGAAGAUUUUCUGCCAAAAAAACAUCAAGAAAUUACUUGUCCAUACCAGUACUUUGCAUCAGAUCCUGGAGAAGUCAACUUUCCUCCUUACAAUGUUUUGGAGAGCACCACCUCCCAUGCCUCUCAGCUCAGCUCAAAUAAGGCAACACACAAAGGAUCAGACAGUAGAUGAAGAAAUCCAAAUACUUAGAGCCAAGUUAGCUGUGCAAGAGGACCGUGUGCAGAGUGCUAACCAUAUUAAAGGAAAUUUGGAGAACUUUAUUCUCACUCACUUGACUGGAACGUACAACGUGCUGAAGAAAGCAAGAAUCAACCUGGAGGAGAUGUCUCAGAAGCCUAAAACCAUUUCUUCCAUUGGCCAUUGAAGAAACUGAUUCAUCCACACAGUCAGAAAUAUGGAGAAAGAAAAAUAGAUCCAACAGUCACUCCUAAUCCACCUAAGCUUUUUCAAAUCAUCUCUUCAUAUGCUCUGCUGCCGGACUCUGGAAAAUGUAUUUGGAAAUGCUCCAGACAUUAGUGCAAUACAAUAACUGGACUAAAGUUAUAUAUAUGGAGUACACAAAUAUACAGAGACUAGACUAUAGCCAACAUGCUAUUAAGAGAAAAGGAUGCUGUAAGAAUAGCAUCCUCAGAGAAGUAUCUUAGUAUUUGUAUGGUGCAAGAGUCUGUUUAUGCUAUUAGGAUUAAUGAUCAUGCAUUAUCAUUACUAUGGUUGAUUGUACAAUCAGCCAGAUAUUUAGAUUGAAUUUGGCAUUUUUUCCCACCCAUUGAGCCCUUCACAAGGACAAGAAAAUUAGAUGUAAUUGUUUCAUGGUGUUAAAAAGUAUCAUUUCAGGAUGGAUGUAAGCUCUUUCCAGUAAAGUUGCCUUUUGCAAUUGAGUAAUGAUGAUUUUGUCAGUGCUGAUGGUAUACAAAUAGUGCUCCAGGUGUUUGCGAUUGUACCCAAUUAUUGCAACUACCUUGCUUCAAAGGAAUAUGACCUUGAUGCAUUCUUGGCAAGGGAGACGUUGUCAGCCUGACAAUAAGACACACUUAUUGGAUGGAUUUUUUUUUAACAUCUGAAUUCCCACAUUUAAAAAAAAACAUCCUAUCUGCAAUUUACAGGUGAUGGAAAUUGGUUCAUGAAUGGCAUCUUAUUCUCAGUAUAAACAGGGGUGUACUGCCUCCUAAAGAAACAAACUUUUCAUAUUAUUGCAAACACUGCCAUUCUCUUGAUAUUUUAAGAGACUUUCAAUGUGAGUUUUAGGCCUGAAAUUGGUUUGGAGGCUUUAAGACAUAAUCUAGAAGAGGAAAACC